CUGCCCUUUUUCAUGAUGGCGGCGGCACGCGAGGCCGAUGGGCGUCGCUCGCUCCAACAGCUCUGCCCCUCCCCUCGCCCGGAUCUCUGGGCACGCGGGGGGCUCCCAUUGGUCCGGAGCGUGGCGGCCGCUGGUUGGACCACGUCCCUGCGCUCCGCUGCCUCGACCAACAAUCGCCCGCGGCCGGGUUUAGCAGAUACAGCUAAAAAAAACUUUGGUGGUGGAAACACUGCUUGGGAAGAGAAGACGCUGUCGAAGUAUGAGUCCAGUGAAAUUCGUCUUGUAGAGAUCAUAGAGAAUCUGUGUGACAGUAGUAACUUUGAAUGUAACAAUAUGGUUGAAGAACAUGAAGAACUUAUAGAGAAAUGGUGGUUCAAACUAAAGAAGAAGUAUCCAGAUUUGUUUAAGUGGUUUUGCAUUGAAACAAUAGAAGUUUGCUGCCCUGCUGGAACUUAUGGACCCGAUUGCCUUGCUUGUCAUGGUGGAUCAGAAAGACCUUGCCAUGGAAAUGGCCACUGUGAUGGUGAUGGUACCCGAGGUGGAGAUGGCUCAUGUAGCUGUAAGAAGGAGUACACAGGACAAUUUUGUUUGGACUGUUCUAGUGGUUACUUCAGUUCCUUGAGAAAUGAGACACAUUCUGUUUGUACAGCGUGCCAUGCUGCCUGCAAGACUUGUACUGGUUCAAGUAACAAGGACUGCCAAGACUGUAAAGAAGGCUGGAUUAAAAAUGAAGGUGGAGCUUGUGUGGAUUUAGAUGAAUGUGCAGCCUCUCCUUGCAAAGAUCACCAGUAUUGUUUGAACACAGAUGGAUCUUUCUUAUGCAAAGCAUGUGAUGCCAGCUGUACAGGUUGCACAGGAGAAGGUUCUGAAAAAUGUAAGACCUGCGCAUCUGGAUACGUGAAGGAAGAUGAGAAGUGUACAGAUAUAGAUGAAUGUAACCUUCCUGAAAAGGUCUGCACAAAAGAGAAUCAAGACUGUGUUAAUACGUCAGGUAGUUACAAGUGUGUAUGUUCAGAAGGGUUUGAAGAUAAGGAUGGAACAUGUGUUCAAACUGUAAAACCAGGAGAGGAAGGAGAGAGUGAAAAAACUGAGCCUUCACAUACUGAACAUGCUGACUUAUGAUCUGUGUUCAGAACCAAAAGACAUUCCUAUGUAAAGUUUUAAAUUAUUGGACUUAAGCCUCUGCUAGCUGAAAUACUGUGGAAGUGGUAUGAAUUAUGCAGGUUGCCAUUAAGACUUUUUUUUUUUUUAAAUGGUGACAACCUGCUCUUUAAGCUGCAUUUCUUUAUUCUUAAAUUCCACUUUUUAUAUAAUUCUUCAAAAACAAAACUCUGGAUCAGUUAAUAAAAUUUGAAUGAACGUAACACUGUUCCCAGCAAAUGUAAACAACUUGCAGGCUUCUUGUUCUAGUGCCUACUGAAAACUAUUAUCUUCUGGAAGAAUUUAGUUGCACUUCAUAAUUCAAGGAAAAUUUAGACUGAAGUUUGUUGUUUCUAAUCAUGAGAAAUAUUUCUGUAACUGAAAUAGAAAAUUUGGAAAUUGUCAAAGGGAAUCUUUCGGGGGGGGUGGGGGAGGGAAGCACUGUUCCCUUAAACAAAAUAGAAUGCCUAAUAUUGCAUUCAAUAAAAGUUUAUUUUGUUGGAA